GUAGAUUUAUUAUUAUUAUUAUUAUUAUUGAUAUUAUUAUUAUUGUGAUGGAGGAAGACUCUACUGCAUCAGUAGCUGCUGGUGUUGGAAUAGCUGUCAUAUCCAGUUUUAUAAACGGCUCCACGUUUGUGCUCCAGAAGAAAGGGAUCCUGCGCUCCCACACUUCAGGUAGGUCCUACUUAUUGGACUGUGUGUGGUGGUGCGGGACGCUGGCAAUGAUAGUGGGUCAGAUUGGGAACUUCCUUGCACACAAUGCAGCACCAGCGGUACUGGUCACUCCUCUUGGAGCACUGGGGGUUCUGUUUGGUGCCGUCCUGGCAUCCUGGAUCCUACAGGAACAUCUGAAUGUCCUGGGGAAACUUGGCUGUGUGCUGUGCUGCUGUGGAUCAGUCGUGCUAAUCAUUCACUCACCUAAAUCUGGGAGUGUGGAAUCAAGAGCUGAAUUAGAGCAGCGACUUCUGGACCCAGUGUUCCUGAGCUACAUUGCACUGGUGGUUGUGCUGUUGAUCAUACUGAUCGUCUGGCUCUCUCCAGCGUAUGGCAAGUCCAACAUCAUGGUGUAUGUAGGCAUAUGUUCUCUGCUGGGAACAUUCACAGUGCCCAGUUGUAAAGGUCUGGGUUUGACAGCAAAAGAAGCCUUUAGUGGAGACAUGACCACUGAUAACAGAGCGCUGUACCUGUUCCUGUGCUUACUGACAGUUCUCAUCGUGAGCAUUCUCAUCCAGUUCACGUUCAUCAACAAAGCCUUGGAGAGCUUCGGCUCCAACAUGUUUGAAGCUGUGUAUUACGUGCUGUUUACGUUUUCCGUCAUCCUUGCCUCCGCCAUUCUGUUUAAAGAAUGGGAAACAUUGGGUAUUUUGGACUGUUUAGGUAUUCUGUGUGGAUUCACUACAGUGUCGGUGGGGGUUAUGUUGCUACGGAUAUCUCAGGAAGCUGUGCUCCAGUGGGGUCCAGUUAAAACUAAAGAGGAGUAAAUUAUUUAGUUGAGUUAUUAGAUACAGAAUAAUAAGUUAUUUGAUCCAGUUGCUAUUGAAUAAUAAACUUAUUUAAUACAGAUUAUUUGUCUUAAUAUUUAAUUAUUGAAUUCUAAUAGGCAAUGUAUCCUCUCACUGUCAGAGAUACAAAGCCACCUGACCUCACCUGACCUAAACCUCAUAGAGAAUUUAUGGGGGCACUUGGUGUUUUCCACUGGAGCUGGACCCGCCAUGACUGUGACCAAAAAAAUAAAAAUACAAUGAAAAAAUAUUUACUACAAAUAGUAUUAAUGUUAACGAUAUUAUUACUAAGAUUGUAAUGUAAUUAAUUUUUUUACUUUGAAAUCUUGCCAAUAAAACUUUGAUUUGUU